AUGGAUGGUGCAGGGCAGGGUGGCCUCUUAGAGUCCAAUGGCGGCACCUCAGUGAGCACCAGUACCCUCCCAGAGCCUCCAGACUCAUCGGUGCAGCCUGACAGGCAGGUCACAGCUUGGGGUGCCAGUGGAAAAGCAAACACAGUUCCUGGUGAAGGAGAAAGCCUGGAAGUGCCCACUCAGGGCUGUCAGAAUGGGCUGUUGCCACCCUGUCCCGGCCCCGCGCUGGCUCUUGACCCCAUCACUCACCCAGUGGGUGCUGACUUGGAUCCAGGUGUGCCUGGUUCCCAUGACAACCUCAGGAAGUCUGAGGGCUCUAGUGCUGAGGGCAGUGUUAGCAAAGAAGCUUUGCAGUCUCUCAAACUAAGUCUUCCUAUGCAAGAAACGCAACUGUGCUCAGCUGGGGGGGCCUCUCUGCCCCUGGAGAGGGAGGAGCAGAUCCGCCUCCAAGCGCGUAAACGGCUGGAGGAUCAGCUCCGACAGUACAGAGCUAAGCGGCAGCAGGAGAGGUCUAGCCAACCGUCAGCUAAGACGAGACUUUUCAGCACACUAGACCCUGAACUCAUGCUUCACCCGGAGAACCUGCCGAGGGCCAGUACUGUGGCCAUGACCAAGGAGUACUCCUUUCUGCGCACUAGUGUGCCGCGAGGCCCCAAGGUGGGCAGCUUAGGACUCCUGGCACGCCCCAAAGAGAAAAAAAGCCCCAAAUUGGGCAAGAUUCGGUCUCUGGCUGAUUAUAGAGACACAGAUGCAGACGCCGGGGACUCAGGUGGAGGCACCGCGGCCACUGGCCCCUCUCGGGGUUCUGUGAGUCGAGGGAGCGUGACAUCUGUAGUGGCUGAAGCUGGUCUGCCGCUCGAGGCCGAUGCCCAUGUGCAGGAUGCCUUACUGGCUGGAGACGACACUUCGGAGGCUGACGGCAGUGAGGUCGGGCUCCGGCUGGAUGGUAACGACAGUGACAGUUCUUCCUACAGUGGCAUCUCCACACGAGGGGCAUGGGGCACAGCAGUGGACGCGACUCACAACCAGGACACAUCCUACAUGGUCAAUGGCCAGGAGAUGGCUGCAGAUGCCCUGGGCCAGUUUCCUUCCAUUAAGGACGUUCUCCAGGCUGCAGCAGCUGAGCGUCAAGAACAGGUGCCAGAGAUCAAUGGGGACAUCCGGAGCCGCAGAGGCAGCCUGUCGAGCAGUGUGUCCAUGGAGAGCUCUGUCACGGAGGCCCAGGGCGAGAUGCUGCAGGUGCUCAAAGAGAAGAUGCGGCUGGAGGGGCAGCUGGAGGCCCUGUCACUGGAGGCCAGCCAGGCCCUGAAGGAGAAGGCGGAGCUGCAGGCACAGCUGGCUGCCCUGAACACCAGGCUGCAGGCACAGCUUGAGCACAGCCACGACAGCCAGCAGAGACAGGACUCACUCAGCUGCGAAGUGGACACCCUGAAGCAGUCCUGCUGGGACCUGGAGCGUGCCAUGACUGAGCUGCAGAGCAUGCUGGAAGCCAAAAACGCCAGCCUGGCAUCCUCCAACAACGACUUGCAGGUGGCUGAGGGGCAGUACCAGAGGCUCGUGGCUAAAGUGGAAGACAUGCAGAAGAGCAUGCUCAGUAAGGACAACACAGUGCACGACCUGAGACGGCAGAUGAUGGCCCUGCAGAGCCAGCUGCAACAGGUGCAGGUGGAGCGCACGACGCUGACCAGUAAGCUGAGGGCGUCGCAGGCCGAGAUUGCGUCCCUGCAGAGCGUCCGGCAGUGGUACCAGCAGCAGCUUGCGCUCGCACAGGAGGCCCGGGUCAGGCUGCAAGGCGAGAUGGCCCACAUACAGGUUGGACAGAUGACCCAGGCGGGCCUCCUGGAGCACCUGAAACUGGAGAACGUGUCAUUGUCCCACCAGCUGACCGAGACGCAGCACAGGUCCAUCAAGGAGAAGGAACGCAUCGCCGUUCAGCUGCAGAGCAUCGAGGCUGACAUGUUGGACCAGGAAGCUGCUUUUGUUCAGAUUCAAGAAGCCAAGACGAUGGUAGAGGAGGAUCUGCAGAGGCGGCUGGAAGAAUCUGAGGGUGAGAAGGAGCGUCUGCAGAAGAUGGCGGACUCAGCAGUGUCCUUGGAGCAGAAAUUGGAGCAGGUAAAGGUGGCUUUGCAGCAGCGGGAACAGCAGCUGGAGACCCUACAGCAGGAUCAGCUCAGCCUGAUGAAGCAGCUCAGCGCGGCUCACGAGGCUCUGCAGGCCAGAGAGCAGAACCUGGAGCGUCUGCAACUACAGCAUGAGGAGGUGCAGGCCCGGCUGGAGGAGCUUCAGGGGGAGGCGGCCACCAAGGACGAUACCAUCCGCUUCCUGCAGAACGAGAGGAUCGUCCUGGAGGUGGCUCUGCAGGCGGCCAGGAGCAGCGAGGAGGAGUUGGACAGGGGAGCGAAGCGCCUGGAAGAGGGCGCCGAGGAGACGUCACAGAUUCUUGAGCAGCUGAGACAAGACUUGGCCGUGAAGUCCAGCCAGGUGGAGCACCUGCAGCAGGAAACAGCCACUCUGAAGAGACAGACACAGAAAGUAAAGGAACAGUUUCUUCAGCAAAAGGUGAUGGUGGAAGCUUACCGCCGGGAUGCCACCUCCAAAGACCAGCUCAUCAGUGAGCUGAAGGCCACCAAGAAGAGGCUGGACUCAGAGCUGAGAGAGCUGAGGCAAGAGCUGGUCAAGCUUCAGGGAGAGAAGAAGUCAGUGGAGGUGGAGCACUCGAGGCUGCAGAGAGAGGUGUCCCAGGUGCACCAGCAGAUGGCCGACCUGGAGGGACACCUGCAGUUGGUGCAGAAGGAGCGUGAUGACAUGGAGAUUCAAUUGCAGUCGCUGCAGUUUGAUAAAGAGCAGAUGAUCGUUCUAACAGAGGCCAACGAGGUGUUAAAGAAACAAAUUGAGGAGCUGCAACAAGAAGCCAAGACGGCCAUCACGGAGCAGAAGCAGAGGAUGAAGUGUCUGGGUUCCGACCUCACCAGUGCCCAGAAGGAGAUGAGGGCCAAGCACAAGGCCUAUGAGAAUGCUGUGGGCAUCCUCAGCCGCCGCCUGCAGGAGGCCCUCACUGCCAAGGAGUCUGCGGAGGCCAAGCUGGCCGAGCUUCAGACCCGGGGUGCCAAUGCUGGUGACAGCAGCCUGAUCUUAAAUGAGAGAAUCCAGGCCCUGGAGGAAGAGGUGCAGACUGUUAGCUACCGUAAGAUGAUGCUAGAGAAGGAGCUGCAGGAAGUCAUUGCAAUGACCAGCCAGGACCUGGAGGAGCGGCGAGAGAAGGUGAUGGAACUUGAAGACGAGCUUCAAGAAUCCAGAGGCUUUCGGAGGAAGAUCAAGCACCUGGAAGCAUCAAACCAGAAGUUGGCUCUGGAAUUGGAGCAUGAGAAGGGGAAGCUCACAGGUCUUGGACAGUCCAAUGCCGCCCUGAGGGAGCACAACAGUGUCUUAGAGACAGCCUUAGCCAAGAGGGAGGCGGAUCUGGUCCAGCUGAACCUGCAGGUGCAGGCAGUCCUGAAGCACAAAGAAGAGGAGGAUCGCCGGAUGAAGCAGUUGGUCCAGACCUUACAAACCGCAUUAGAGAAAGAGAAGGUGCAGGGAAACAGCCUCAAGGAACAGGUGGCUGCAGCCAAGGCUGACGCGGCACACAACCGCCGCCACUUUAAGGCUGCCACCUUAGAGCUGAGUGAGGUGAAGAAGGAGCUGCAGGCCAAAGAGCAUCUAGUGCAGAAGCUGCAGACAGAGGCAGACAGCCUUCAGCUUCAGGAGGGUAAGCACGCUGAGGAGGUGGUGCAGUUCCAAGAGGAGCUGGCAGAGGCCCGGGCACAACUUCAGCUCCUCCAGAAGCAGCUGGACGAGCAGCUGAGCAGACAGCCCACAGGGGACCAAGAGAUGGAAAAUCUCAAAUGGGAAUUGGAUCAGAAAGAGAGAGAAAUCCAGGCCUUGAAGCAGCUGCUGGACUCAGCGGAGCAGCAGAGUGAGAGAGAAGUGGAGGGGACGCAGCAGUUACUGCAGAAUAUCAAAUCAGAGCUGGAAACGGUGCGGGAAGAUCUGUCCAUGACCCAGAAAGAUAAAUUUAUGCUUCAAGCAAAGGUGUCAGAACUGAAGAACAACAUGAAGACUCUGCUCCAGCAAAACCAGCAGCUGAAGCUAGACCUGAAACGUAGCUCAACAAAGAAGAGGAAAGAGUUGAAGGGAGAGGCCAGCUCCUCCAAUCCUGUGACGCCGGUCAAGAUUCCCGACUGCCCGGUGCCCGCCUCGCUGCUGGAGGAGCUGCUCAGGCCCCCACCCGCUGUCAGCAAGGAGCCCCUGAAGAACUUGAAUAGCUGCCUCCAGCAGCUGAAACUGGAGAUGGACAGCCUACAGCGCCAGAUGGAAGAACACACCAUCACUGUGCAUGAGUCACUGUCCUCAUGGACUCAAGUUGAAGGUUGCCUCGGGGACCUGGCUGGUCCCAGCCCUGGUCCUCUGGGAGAUCACGCUAACCCCAGGGGUGACACAGAGAAACACAAUCCAAGCAGCUUGCCCAUGGAAGUGUUGGAACAGUGA